AUGACCGCUCAAAACUUGCUUCGCGAGUAUCAGGGCCAUAUUGUGCCUCAGAGCUACAAUGCCGGCUUCGUCGCCCUCAGCUUCGUUGUUAGCUUGGUUGGUGCUGGCUCGACGCUCGAACUCAUCAACAGACGAACCGGCCUCCGGGGUCUCUACAAUCAUGUACUACUCAUGAGCUCCGCCGUUACGAUGGGUGGAGUAUCCAUCUGGUGCAUGCACUUCAUCGGUAACCGAGCCAUCGAUCUCGCCGACGGAGAACCAGAUAUGCAGGUGGCAUACUCGAGCGGAUUCACUGCCGUAUCCUUCUUUGUCCCCAUCCUGGUGCUUCUAGCUGCCUUCGUCGCCGUCGGUACUAACAACUCCGUGUCCUGGUGGAGGCUGAUCACCGGAGGAGUUCUCUGCGGCACUGCCGUCUGCGGAAUGCAUUAUCUUGGUAAUGCUUCCAUUGAUAACUAUACAUGCGUCUAUCGACCAGCAUAUGUCGUCAGUUCCGCAAUUAUCGCCAUUGUUGCCAGCAAUGUGGCCCUGGCGAUGUUCUUCGUCUUUAGAGCUAUGUGGGCUAAUUCAUGGUGGAAGCGAGUCAUUUCGGCCGUAGUGCUCGCCGGCGCUGUAUCUGGGAUGCACUGGUGUGCUGCUGUAGGAACUCAUUAUCGACUUGUCAAGAUUAAGCCUGAGGGCAAUGAGCCGUCGAGAAGUGCCACUGUAGUUGUGGUCAUCUGCUUGUCACUCAGUGCUUGUUUCAUCAUUGCCAUCUCAGCCAUCCUCAGAGCGAGAAACAUGAGGCGAUCUGCCCUCCGCGCCCAGCAGAUCACUCUUGGAGCCGCCAUCUUCGACAAGGCAGGGAGGAUCCUCGUUGACCCGGAUGGACUCAUUCCUAGCACAGUAGUGACUGACUCCUUCUUGGAAAAGAAUACCAAGGAAGGUUUCAAUAUUGGCCACCCGCUAUUCCACUGGAUGCUUCUAGCAUCCAGGAACUGGGGCAUGAUCUCGAGUCUAGUCGGAGGCAUGAGACAGCAUGUAUCGCAGCUGCCGCACUCACGCACGCAUAAAGACGGACGACGUGGCAUUCAGCUCGUAAGCGACCACGGCGAGAUGAUUGAAAGUUACGACAUGAUCUUCCGGGAACUCUUUUGUCUCGCUGCAGCGGCGCUUGCUGACCGGCUCAGAAAUGACCUCACGUCAAUCGGAGUGUUGUGGGACGAGAUUUUGCCAACAGGUGCGAACGUCAGACGGCCGCGGGCUCAACAGCAAAAACCUGACCGGGGGGGAUUUGUGCCGGAGGCUAUCGAGACCGGUGACGAUAAACAUGACAGCCUCAACAUGGCAGAGAAGGGAAUCAACAUCCGACAGCAGGACUACGGGCGUGGAUCGCUGAUGUUCUUGAUCAGCCAUACCGAUUCGGAACGUGACGCCGAACGAUUUGUGUCAGCCGGCUAUCGAUUUGCCGAGCUGCAUCAGGUCAGCGAAAUCAUCAGGUCGAGCAUGCAUAUCAAGAGCCACGAGUUCGAGACAAAACUACGGGAUAUGUCAACCUACACAAGCGAGCAGAACCAUCUGCUCCCUGGCGUUCAUCUAGGCUUCUUUGCAAUACGAGCCCGAGUCAGUUCGGGGUUCGAGGUCCUCGCACGAAAGGGUACCCGAAAUCUGCUCCCAUCCAUGGCUCUUCCAUUCAAUGCGCUCGAGGAUUGGCAGGUCCAUUUCCUUAUGCAGUUUACCAAUAUGUCGGUCUCCAGGAUCCUCCAGAGCUUCAAAGACGGCAAUGCAUCCCAGCGAACCACUCGGGAGGCUGAGUUUGCGGGCCAGCUCUCAGAUACUAUCAAGGCUCUGCGAGAGUGGACGCAAGAACCCCUUUUCGAAGACGCCGUUCUCACAUCGAGUAUAGUCCACGUGCCUUGCCGAGGCGAUGGAGGGCGGUCGGAAGCAACCAUGAUCGCGAUGCGGCUGGUGGUCCCCAUCCAUUCGGUGCUGACCAGCCCCAACUGCGAGUUUGUUCCUCUUAGCUUCUUCAAGAUGCGACAGGUGUUGCCACAGUUCAACCAAGAUUUCACGCAAGGCGUUCAUGUGGAAUUCGGACAUAUUCCUAAGACGAUAGAUCGUCGCGAAGGAUUCCAGGACAGCACCAUUGGGCUUUCAUCCAAAAUGUGGCCAUUCGGACGAUCCGAUACCUUAGUAGGGGCGCGACGAAAAGCAAAAUCCGUGUCCGCCGCACUCAGUGGCAGGCGGCUUCCAUCACCUGACUCAGCACGAUCAAUGUCAAACUCAACCAUCAAUCUCUGCCCGCCUGGAAGCGUCAACCGGACGAGGUCGCUUGAUUCGACAGAUGAUUCAGGGGCGUACCCGGCACAGGACGAGCUACCACAAGCAACGCCGUCAUAUGGUGGCAUCAUGGUGUUCCAGGAAAUCACCAUUGAUGUAGAGGAAGGGAAGGAGACAGUAAGGGCGCAGAACAACGGUACCGAAACUUCGAAUACGGUCGUCCUGGAGAAGACAAACUCGAAGUCGUGGCCGGGAGCUGGCAUCGAGUUGCAGACCAUGGGCCAUUUUGGAACCAACGUGCAGGCUGGAGCCCGAGUGUCUAAGGACAUUGAGGCUCACAGAGGCACGUCAAGUCAUGUUGCUUCGUUCAUUGAUGUCUUGUUUUCCGAGACAGUGGAGAGUCGCUGA